AUGGCCGGACCACACCGCCGGGUUGAAUCCUCCAGGCGGACUGCGCGGACCCCACCCAUUUACCUCUUAACGGUUUCAAGCCCUCUUGAACUCUCUCUUCAAAGUUCUUUUCAACUUUCCCUUAGGGUACUUGUUGACUAUCGGUCUUGUGCCGGGCCAGCAGAGCGGCGGGGACAACCCCCGGGGGGAGAUGGGCGACGGACAGACAACACCGUGGCGACCCGCGGGCCGCCGCCAGGGCAUGCAUCCCCAAGGCGCGACCACGCACGCGCCGACCUGGCCUCAGCACUAGCCAACCCCGGCGCCGGGCCUCCCCACGACCCCGCCGAGGCGCAGAGGCGCACACCGGCUGGGGAGGAGACAGCCCUGCCACCCCCACUCCCAGCGCUCACCGCGCCACACCCCCCUUCUCCCCCGCCGCUACUGUGCGCAGCACGAAUGGACUCUCCCGACAGAGGGAUGGACCGCGGCCAGGGGGACCCACACCGAGAGAGAUGGUGUGGGACACUUCCCUUACUGAUUCCGCAGUGGCCUCGGCCCCCCAAAGCAUGCGCGCUCACCACCUCUCGCUGGCAGCCGGCACCACAGCCCGCAGACACGCCCCCCCUCACGCCACGCAGGUCCCCACAAACUCCCCUUGCACUUUACCCCGGCGGCCUUGCCCACCCCCACACCCGCCGUAGCCACACCUCCACUUCCCCGCCCCACCCCCAAACACCGCCAUCUCCUGCCCUGCCGGGGGGGGGGCACAACCACCUCCACACCACUAGGGCGCGUGGGGAGGCCCCCGGCUGGACGGGAGGGUGGGUGGGCAACAGGGAGGAGGGAGGCGGCACGGGGAAGGGGCCGGUGGCACGCGGGACAGGCGCGAGACGAGGAAGGGACGAGGAGGGAGGGAGGGUGGAGUCGGGGGCCAGUGGGCCACCAUCUGUACUUGGGGGGACGGAGGGCAAAAACAAGCCCUGCAAGCAGAAACCCCCAGCCGCGCAACCCAAGGAGGCGCGAGGCACCCACCCAGGGGCAAUUGAUCGUCAAGUGACGCUCAGACAGUCGUAG